AUGUCGGUCGUCUCACUCCUCGGGGUCAAUGUCAUGAACAACCCCGCCAAGUUCACCGACCAGUAUGAGUUUGAGAUCACGUUCGAGUGCCUCGAGCCGCUGCAGAAGGACCUCGAAUGGAAACUGACCUACGUCGGCUCCGCCACCUCGGACGCCUACGACCAGGAGCUGGACUCCCUCCUGGUUGGCCCGAUUCCGGUGGGCAUCAACAAGUUCGUGUUCGUGGCCGACCCGCCGGACACGAAGCGCAUCCCGAUCGACGAGCUGCUGGGCGUGACGGUGAUCCUGCUGACGUGCGCGUACGACGGCCGCGAGUUCGUACGCGUCGGCUACUACGUCAACAACGAGUAUGAGACGGAGGAGCUGCAAAAUAACCCGCCGGCAAAGCCCAUCAUUGAAAAGAUUCGUCGGAAUAUCCUGGCCGAAAAGCCUAGGGUUACGAGGUUUGCUAUUAAGUGGGACUCCGAGGCCUCCGCGCCCCCCGAAUUCCCCCCCGAGCAGCCGGAAGCCGACCUGGUCGCCGACGAGGAGGAGUAUGGCGCAGACGAGAUGGACGAGGAAGAGGAAGAGGAAGAGGAGGACGACGCCAUGGAGGGUGCCGACGCCGAAGAGGAUCUUGAGGAAGAAGAGACGGGCAGCGUCGACCUCGAGGGCGAGAGCGAGGCCGAGGUCGAGGGCGAGUACGACGAGGAGGGAGACGGCGCCGAUGAGAUGGAGGUCGAUGAUGACGGUCCUGCUCAAGGAGCUGCUGGUGCGACGGGAGCUGGGCAGAAGCAGGAGGCUAUGGUUCACUGA